AUGGCUAGCUUGGUUAAGGGUGUCUAUGUACUGAAGGAUGACCAUCGGAGACACCGGCAAGGGAGUGAAGCUCUCGCCCCACCUUGGUGGGAAUCGUUCAAUUUUAAGCUAAUGCAUAGUCUCAUGGAUGAUGGUGAUUCUUCCAUCUUUGGUGCUGUAUAUGAAUACAUACCCGUGUCCAACAACUUUCAUGAUCUUAAAAGAGCUCCAAAAUACGUAGUUGCUUUUAGAGGAACUUCAAGGAAACAAGAUACUGUCCUUGGGGAUAUAUUGUUAGACAUAGGUGUUUUAGUAAAUACACUUCACCGUAGCCUUCGUUUCAAAAAGGCAGCACAAGCUGUCCGAAAAACAUUUUCUGAAGAAGGAGCUAGUAGAAGUAAUAUCUGGUUGGCAGGGCAUUCUUUGUGUGCUUCCAUAGCAAUGCUUGCAGGAAAAACCAUGGCAAAAGAGGGUAUUUUCCUUGAAUCAUAUCUAUAUAAUCCACCAUUCGUCGCAGCUCCAAUCAAACUUAUUGGAAGUAUGACAGUGAGACGAGUAAUCCAUGGUGCUUGCACCUUGUUCACUGUAGGACUCACAGUUGUCUUGCAAAAUAACGAAGAGAGACAACAAUCAGAAGACCUGUUCACAGCCAUAUCACCCUGGGUACCAAAUCUAUUUCUGCAUCCAAAUGAUGUUAUUUGCUCGGGAUACAUUGGGUAUUUUGAACACCGAGAGAGGAUGGAAAGCAUUGGAGGUGGAGUUUUGGGGAAUUUGGCGACACGAUAUUCAUGGCAAGGGCUCUUUAUGAAUGCUACUUUUGGACAGGAAUAUUGGCCAGAAGAAAAAUCGCACUUAAUUCCUUCAGCUUGUGUGACUACUAGUUCCGAUCCUCGACCUCACAAGCUUAGUCAAUGGUUCACAGAUGAUUCAGUUUCAGGUCCUACGCUGUACCGAUACUAA